AUGAAAGCAAACACGCAUGAAAGGCAACCAGCUACAACAAUUCCAUAAGUAAAUAAGAGAUGGUGUGCAAACUGCAUUAAAAAAAGUAGUGACAGUCUAUUUUGCCUCGUAUUAAGAGGAUAUUGCACUGAGAAUGGAGUUCUUAUAACGUAAGUAAGGGGGUGUGAAGGGUUCUUAGUAACGAGGUCCUUUUUACGGCCUGACUGCUUCAUUUACCGUAAGAGUUUUUAAACAUGUUACAGUCAGUGCAGUUUGUAUAUGUAUUUUAAAUAAAGUCGUGCGAUUUUUGUUUAACGAUUUAAUAUUGAGGAACUAUUUUACCAUUGCGGAUGUGCACACACGUUUGAGUCUCAACAAGACGGUGACGUCACGUUCUGUCAGUCACCCUGCUCCGCCAUCGUUCCGUCGAAGCUGGCCGAGCUUUUCUGAUAACAACCGAUUAUCGCUGUUUUUCGGAUGAAGAUGGCUGCAGGUCCACUUUCUGUAUCAUCCACUGCAUCCACAAAUAACGAUGGCAUCCUCAUUGGUGACAAAGUUUAUUCGGAAGUGUACCUUACGAUCGACAACUCGCUCAUACCAGAGGAAAGGUUUUCUCCGACGCCGUCGAUGCUCGACGGCCUCGACCUGGACACAGAGACCGACCUUCGCAUACUCGGAUGUGAAGUGAUUCAGUCGGCGGGCAUUCUUCUCCGGUUACCACAGGUGGCAAUGGCAACGGGUCAGGUGCUGUUUCAUCGUUUUUUCUACUCCAAGUCCUUCGUCAAGCACAGUUUUGAGAUUGUUGCUAUGGCUUGUAUCAACUUGGCCUCCAAGAUUGAGGAAGCGCCGAGACGAGUACGAGAUGUCAUCAAUGUUUUCCACCACCUGAGACAGAUCAGAGGCAAAAAGACUCCAAGUUCAUUGAUACUUGAUCAGAACUACAUAAAUACCAAAAACCAAGUCAUCAAAGCGGAACGGCGGGUCCUGAAGGAGCUGGGCUUCUGUGUGCAUGUCAAGCAUCCUCACAAGAUUAUCGUCAUGUACCUUCAAGUCCUGGAAUGUGAGAAGAACCAGACACUGGUCCAGACGGCCUGGGUAGUCCAUGCUGGUAAGUCACAUAAAGAACCUCUGAACUCUGCCUCCUCCAACCACAUGACCUCAGGAAGCUCCCCCCAUUGGUUGGCUGCCCCUCUCCAGACAGCCAAUCCCAAUGCCAAGAUUCACUGAAGGGGGCGGGCGGGCCUUUACCAACAGCCAACAUCGUCUUGUUUUCUCUUGGGUGUCCAAAAGGAUUUGUAUUUGUUGGUCUUGCUACAAAGGUUUCAACUGUAAUGCCCAUUUUUGCUAAGUAGCUACAUAUAUAUUUAUAUUCUGACUUUUUUUUUCUAGUUUACUUGCAUCUAGCAUUGAAGUAAACUUAGCCACAACAGAAUAACCUUUUUGACCAGAUUACCUGCCUUUUUUUUUUUUUUUUUUUUAGUAUUUACAGUAGUAUACUGUGUCCUGUCCCCAACUGACGUGGUGUCCAGACAUGUGUCUGUCUUACAGGCUGAUCCGGUUUUGCCUCCCAAGGACCUGUCUCACCCACGCAGCAGUCAGAAUCCAACGGCCAUGUGUUAUGUAUAGUAGCGUUGGCAUAGCAGUUUCACACUGACCUGCCAAAGUGCAGGUCAGGUCAUUUGAUGAAGGCAGGUUAGACUGAAGUAAUCCCUGUGUAGCAGGUUUUCAACAAGUACUUGCGGUAAACUUCCAGUGGAGCAGUACAUAUUUGAAUGGGUGUAUGCAUUUGGAGUGUCACCACUGAAUAAUGGACGUUUCACUGCUUUGUGAUUAGUUGUAGUAUUGAAGCCUGGUGGUUGUAGUUCCUUUUGAUAAUAAUUAGGGCUGUCAAUCUAUUAAAAUAUUUAAAUGCGUUGUCCAUAGUUAAUCGCACAUUUUCUGUUUGUUCCAAAUGUACCUUAGAGAGAUAUUUGGCAAGUAUUUAAUUACACUAUCAACACAGGAGUGGAAAAUACUUGUUUUAUUCAAAUCAAAUGUAUGUAUAUUUAUUAUUGGAAAUCAAUUACCACCACAAAACAAUGUCAAAUGUCCAGAAACCCUCAUAGCAGUGUUUCCGUUAUCCGAUAAUUGCGGUUUCUUUUAGCUGUGUGUCAAACGUAAAAGAUAGAUGUUGCUGAAGUUGCAAUAAACAUCAUAAUCCUCGAUGUUGAAGUUGCAGAAACACCCACAUUGGUACUGAGCAAAAAAAAUUAAGAAUCACGGAAGAAAAAUAAUAACUGGAUGUUCAGUUUUGUUCAGGAAAAAGGAGUGAGUGAGACGGUGCCAGUAAGUGGGCGAGAGAUGUGACCCGUGACCAGAUUAUCAUAGUUUUAUAAUAAUGCGGCGAGGAUCCAGACGCUUCAUACAUAACACGGACCUGCCGAUGCACAUUCAGCCCCCGUUGGACCUGUUCAGAGACUCCAGUCUGCAGCGUAGUUCACACUUCACUGAUAAACCAGUGAACUGUAUGUUUGUGGGCUUCAUGCUCAUUCAUAACCGAACCAGAGUUAAUGCGUCAAAAAAAUUAGUGGCGUUAAACGAAUUUGCAUUGACAGCCCUAAUAAUAACCUGGAUGGGAUCAGCGUUGAGUUAGUUUAUCAGGGUUUUACCAUAAUGUUUCUGUUUUCACACGUUUUUGUCUUAAGGACUUCUAUGUUUCUUAAGGACAUAGAUGCUCACACCACCCUAUAGUUGCCUGAUUCACAUCCUGGCCAUUUUGUUUUUCCUAAUGCUCUCCCAUGGCUAAUCUAAUUUACCCAUUGUCCCAGACAACCCACUGACUCAUAAUCUGUGUUGUAGCACAGAGAUUUCACACAGCCUAAGUAGUGAGGCAUAGAUUGCCACUUAAUGUCUUUUCGAUAAGUCAUAGAGGAAAUGGGGUUGCAGAAAAAUACAAUCAUGGUUUUAUGGGGGUCUGUUUCAAAUCAUGGCUGGAAAGUAUUUAUUUAAAGUAAAAAGUUGUUGCAGUUGAAUCUUCGAAUCAAGGUGAAAUGUCGCAAUCCCUAUGGCUCAGACACUAAACAUACAAACUUUAGUUUGUCUGAAUAUUAGACCAGUGCAUCAUUUGAUUACGUCAACAUGACACUGACUCCCAAAAUCUGUGCCACCAUACAUGCUGUGUCUCUCUAUUCCCUUGGAUAUAACAAUCUGAAAGUAGAAACUGCAUUGCUGGAAGUGUUGCUUCUUGAUGAUGGGUUGCAUCUGUAUGCCUGCAUGCUCUCCCCCCUCCACACAAAUGCACAAGGCAUGUGUCAUUGUCUCAGUCAUCAUUUGUCUUUAGCUACUCUUAAGGUCGGUGUGGUAAAAUGGUCUUGGCAGGUCUACAAUAGAUCAUUUCCCAUUUCUGUCUUCAUGCUUUCCCUGUGACAUACAGCACUCCCAUGGAUGCCCCAGAGAGAAAUGGACAAAGUUAAAUUUUAAAGAUAAAAAUGAAAAUCGCACUUAAGUACUGUGUAACUAAAAAAUGUGUUUUCUUGUAGCUAUCAGGGCUUAUGAUUAAUAUGCUCUGUGCCUAUUCUCUAGCAUAUCAGUGAGCAGUUAAUUUUGAUGCUCGUUUA